AUGGCUUCAAGAUGCCAAGACUGUGGGAACCAAGCAAAGAAGGAGUGUGUGUACAUGAGAUGCAGGACUUGCUGUAAGAGCAAAGGGUUUCACUGCCAAACCCACGUCAAAAGCACUUGGGUUCCUGUCUACAGAAGACGCCAACAGCAGCUUCCUGCAGCAGCUCUUCUUUCUCAACAGCACCUUCAGCUUUAUCAUGAACAAGGACAUCACCACCAAAACCCUAAGAGGCCAGCUGAACACCUCACCAAUCCGUCUUCCUCAACAAGGCUAGAUCAAGAGGUGAAUUUUCCAGCUGAAGUGAAUUCCAUGGCAACUUUUAAGUGUGUUCGAGUGAGCUCAGUGGAAGACAUGGUUGAUCAGCACGCUUAUCAGACGAGCGUGGUGAUCGGAGGGCAUGUAUUUAAGGGAAUUCUCUAUGAUCAAGGUCCUGAUCAUCAUCAUCAAAAUUGUUACACUACUGUAGGCCAAAGCUCCAGCUCCCAUCAUGUAUUGUUAAAUAAGAAAACUAGUAAUUUUAUUAAUGCUGCUGCAAAUACUGCUUCCACUUCAUCAGCUCCUGAUCCUCCUGCAGAUCAACUACCACAUCAUCACCCUCCUUCUUCAUACCCAUUGAUUCCCUUUAAUGCUUUCAUGCCUGGUACGCAAUUUUUCAUUAACCCAAAAUGA